CGGCCCCUCCCCCGAUUCGCUGGGAGCUGGCUUCCUCCUCUGUAAAGUGGGGGUCGCGAAGGUGCCCGCCUCGCGGGGUUUUGCUGGCAUUGAGCAAGAUGACUCAGGAUAAAGCCCUUAGCUCAAGGCCUGGCGCAGAGCAAGUGGGCCCCUGGCCUGACCCCCCAGCAUCAGCCUGGCCCAAAUGUCUGCCCCUGCCCCACCAGGCUGCCCCAGGAGAUGCUUACCUUCGGGAGGAGCUGGAUGCCCUCAAGUUCCUGUGCAAAGGCCUGUGGGUAGCUGUGUUCCAAAAGCAGAUGGACGGCCUCUGCCCCAGUCACCAGCAUCAGGGAGCAUCACAUACCUGGACUUGUGCCUGGGCUCUGCCACCCCGCGGCCUAAUGAGGGGUCACAAGGAGCUGUCCUCUCCCUCCCACCCCAGGAGCUGCCCAGCCACCAUGCACAAACACUACAACAUCCACUUUUCCAAGGCCACCUGGACCCCCACUGAGCGCUACUUCUGGGACCCAGAAUUGGGACACCAAAAAGACAUCCUGACAGAGGAUGAUGUCUACUGCAGCUGCCUGGCCAAGACUCUCUGCCAUGUGCCAGUCCCUGUGACUGUGGGUUUCUACGCUCCCUUUGGCUGCCGCCUGCACAUGAUGCUGGACAAGAUCACAGCGCUGAUGCAGCAGGAGGCGGCGCAGCGCGAGGCGGAGGAGCUGCGGCGCGUGCAGUGGCGGCCGCGGCCGGUGCGCGGCUGGGGCGUCCCGCGGCUGCUGUGGUACCUGGUGUUCCUGCAGCCCGUCAUCACCGAGGUGCACCUGCGGCGCAAGAACGUGCAGUUCCUCUUCAUCCGCUUCAGCGCCUGGCAGUACGCGGGCACCGACAAGCUGUGGGCUGGCCUGGUGACCACGCUGUGCGAGGGCAUCCGCCACCACUACGGCGCGCUGCCCUUCAGCGUGUACUCGGUGCUGGGCAACAAGCCGGUCACCACGCCGAGCUUCUGCCAGCGCGAGUGGCACUGCCGGCGCCGCGUGUGCCUGGCGCUGCUGGCGCUGCUGGCGGCGCUCAGCCUCGGCGUGGGCCUGCUCUACCUGUCCCUGAGCGCCCGGGCGCCGGGCCACGGCAGUCCGAGCGGCAGCCUGCUCAAGGUGUUUGGCGGCGCGGCCACCACGCUGUCAGGCUCGGGGCUGCUCAUGGCCGUGUACUCGGUGGGCAAGCACCUGUUCGUGAGCCAGCGCAAGAAGAUCGAGCGGCUGGUGUCGCGCGAGAAGUUCGGCAGCCAGCUGGGCUUCAUGUGCGAGGUGAAGAAGGAGGUGGAGCUGCUCACCGACUUCCUGUGCUUCCUGGAGAUCUACCAGCGGCGCCGGCUGCGCAUCGUGCUCGAGGUCACCGGGCUGGACACGUGCUACCCGGAGCGCGUGGUGGGCGUGCUCAACGCCAUAAACACCUUGCUGUCCGACAGCCACGCGCCCUUCAUCUUCAUCCUGGUGGUGGACCCCAGCAUCCUGGCCGCGUGCCUCGAGAGCGCUGGCAACAUGAAGGGCACGGCCGACAACGGCUACCUCUUCCUCAACCGCACCGUCACGCUGCCCUUCUCCGUGCCGGUCAUGGGCCGCCGCACCAAGCUGCAGUUCCUGCACGACGCCGUGCAGAGCCGCGACGACCUGCUCUACCGCGAGAUCACGCGCAAGCUGCGGCUGCCGGCGGGCGGCGGGGACGGCGGGGGCGGGGAGGGCGCGCAGCUGCUCGUUGGGGACACGCCGGCGGCGGGCGCCGAGCGCACGCAGGGCCGCAUCGACGCCGAGGCGGCGCGCCGCAUCCAGGAGGCGCUCUUUUGCCUGCACGACGAGCGCGACUGCCUCUACGAGUACGUGCCGGACAAUGUGGUGUCCAUGCGACGCAUCGUCAACACCGUGCCCAUCACCGUGCGCCUGCUGCAGCAGCAGCAGCAGCAGCUGAGCGACUGCAUGGGCCCCACGCCGCGCCAGGCCGUGGCUUGGGUGGUGCUCGCCAACCAGUGGCCGUGCCGCCUGAGCUGGGCGCUGCAGUGCCUGGAGGACCGGCAGCAGGCCGGGGGCGCGCCCGAGGGCCGCGCGCGCCUCUGGGACGUGUUCCGCGAUAACAGCCGCGAGCUGCACACCAUGACCAAGGCUUUGCAGAAUGUGCUCGACCUGGACGGCGACCCUGAGCUCUUCGCGCGCUUUCUGGGCGCCGACUUCCCCUUCACCGUGGCGGAGGCGCAGAGUCUGCUGCGCUGCACCGUCAACCUGGACCACUCCAUCCGCCGCCGCAUGGGCCUCCUCCGUGCCGUCAGCGCGCUCAAGCCGCCCAGUUCGCCCAAGUCCCCCGCCCGUGACGCCCCCCACGCCGCCAACGGAGCCAACAACCCCUCAGGGACCUCUCCAUCUGGCCAUGCCGCGGGGCAGGCCAGCGAUGCCCACUGCACCGGGGACUGGGCCCACGGAGGCAAGCCAAAGUCGGCAGCCUGAGCGCCCACCACUGGAGGGGAAUCCAGCCCGGGCUGGCCUGGAAUGGAGGACUUAGUGGGCCGCAGGAGGCAACAGCUCCUCCAUCUGCCCACAGGAGAGCUUAGGGGGCGGGACUGGGCCCAAGGGCCAGGGUCCCGUGUCCGAAUGAGGCCUGUGGUGGCUACAUCGUCCAGGAGAAUCAGUGAGACAGAGCCGUGGGCAGUAGCCUCCAGGAGUGGGGCAGUGUGCCAGCGCCAGUGUCUGAGAGGGGCACAGAAAGGCCAGGGAGGAACUCAGGGUUCAAGUGCCAUAAAUGAAGGUGUGGAAAGCCCCUGGUUGGUCUUUAGGUCCUUGUCUCCCCGGCUCUGAACACUGGGAACUAGGCCUGCCCUGUCCUGCCAAGCCCACCUCCUCAGAGAGCCUGAGCUGUGCCCUGGCAGCCGUAGCUGGCAUCCUUGGUGGCAGGGAGGGAAUGUGGGGGCGGUGGGCGAGGCUGACAGAGGCAGGGGAGAUGAAGGGCAAUAGGCCAGGUUGACUCAAGCAACAGGAAGCGCCCAGGCCUCAGGGGAUCCCAGGUCCUUGUCCCCACGCCCUAGCCUGUCCCUGUGUGUGCAGGGCAGGAGCUGGCAUUUCCCAGGGUGGGGUCCCCGGUGACCUCAGCAGGCUGCUCCACCCCCAGGGUGGCUCCACCCUCAGCAUGAGUUAAUUAGGCCUCACUGGAACUUCAGCCAGCUGGGGUGGGCAGCACUGCCUCCCUGAGACAGGUAACUGUCCAAGGGGUGUCUGCUUUGAAGAACACUCCAGGGCAGGGAAGCUGAGGAGCAGACAUGGGGACACUUGGGGGGUGUACAGCAUUGGAGUCACAGCCAGGCAGGAGUGUUUAUACGAGGGCUGGAGUUAUACCCUGCCAAGGGGGCUUACCACCUUCCCCUUCCGACAGUGUCCCAGAGACCUAGGAUGGAGGUGUCACACCUCUGGGCAGUUCCUAACUCCUCACUGGUCAAAUAUUCAGCCACACACUCAGGCCUGUGGGGUGCCUGGCCCAGUCCAGUGUGUGGAGGGGUGGAGAUAGUGAACACACUCUGGGAGCAGAGGUCGAGGGUGUACUUCUGAGCUAGGGCUCCAAGGGCUGAGGGGUUAGUCCCUGAGGGACUGAAGAGCUCUGUAAAGGCACCCACACUCAGGCCAUGUGGCUGGGGGAUACUGGCCUCACAUUCUUUAGCUCCAAGGUGGGGCAUAGCACCCAGGCCUGGCCAGCCCCAGCAUCUGGCUCCCCUGGCCAUAAUGGUCAAUUCACAUGUGGACACAGGUCAGUGAGAGGCUCCCUGUGAUUUCUAUUGGAGCUGUCAGGACGGAGGUGCUGUUUUUCAGCCCUGGUAGGGCUACUCUAGCAGAAGCCUUGACCUGCUGGGAGAUGUUCUGUAAUAGUAGGGGAGAGCCUGCCCAAGAAUGAAACCACCAGAGAGACAUGGGGCCUCGUGACACCGUUAAGUGUAGAUAUGCUGUUACCCAUCUACCGAUGUGUGUGCCAAUACAUCUCCC